CACAUUCGCUUCCAAUCCUCAAUUGCACAUACGAUCAAAGUUCAAGAACAGAUCAAAGAAACCCGUGCGAAGGCGGUUGUUGGUGGAGGUCCGAAGAGAAUCGAAGCGCAACAUAAGCGAGGAAAGCUGACGGCUCGCGAGCGUAUUCAACUUCUUCUUGAUCCCGGAACGUUCAUCGAAUAUGACAUGUUCAAUGAGCAUACCUGCCAUGACUUCGGAAUGCAAAACGAGAAAUUCCCCGGUGACAGUGUUGUAACUGGUCGCGGUAUGAUUUCUGGUCGUUCCGUAUUCGUUUUCUCGCAGGAUUUCACUGUCUUUGGUGGCAGUUUGUCAUCUAUCCAUGCCAAGAAAAUCUGCAAAGUUAUGAAGGCCGCAAUGGAAGUAGGAGCACCAGUCAUUGGUUUGAACGAUUCGGGUGGUGCACGUAUCCAGGAGGGUGUUGCAUCGCUUGGUGGUUACGCUGACAUCUUCCAGGCGAAUGUGAUGUCGUCAGGAGUUAUCCCACAGAUUUCUCUGAUUAUGGGUCCCUGCGCCGGAGGUGCUGUAUACUCACCAGCAUUGACUGAUUUCACGUUCAUGGUAAAAGAUACGUCAUAUUUGUUCAUCACUGGACCCGACGUUGUGAAAGCAGUCACCAACGAAGAGGUAACCCAAGAAGAGCUCGGUGGAGCAAAGACCCACACGAUCACAUCUGGUGUUGCUCAUGGUGCAUUCGAAAAUGACGUGGAAGCAUUGCAAAACGUUCGUGAUUUGGUCAACUACUUGCCAUUGUCGAACCACGAUCAGGCACCAAUCCGUGCAUGUGAUGAUCCAUGGGAUCGAGAUGUGCCCAGCCUGGAUACUGUAGUGCCACUCGAAACGACUGCCGCAUACAAUAUGUUAGACGUUGUGCAUGCAUUGGUAGAUGAAGGAGAUUUCUUCGAAAUUAUGCCCGAUUACGCGAAGAAUAUCGUCGUAGGAUUCGCA